UUGACAUUUACCCCGCCCCUUCGCUCCGGAUUCCUGGGUUGUUGACAUUACUGGGUCAGGAACAGUAAGGACCUGACGGACUCUUUCUGAACACGUAGCUACUACCUAUUCAACUCAUGUUACAAUUAGAGCUCUUCUGUUUUUAGCGCACAAGGAAACUCGACUGCAGCACGACUUUGGAUUUGGAAAAGUAAGCCCCAAAGCAAAGACAACCCGCCAUCACCACCAGAAGACGGAAGGAAAAGUGAGGCUCCCACUUCCUGAGGUGUUAGUGACUGAUCUUCUAACACCAUGGACAUGGACUCCCAAUCACAAGGCCAGCAGGCAGCAGUACCCUCGUUCCAGCCACAGAAGCCGCUCCAGCCGGACAUGGGCCACAACUCUCUGGCUAACUUCCUGAUUGAGAAGAAGAUUGGGCGGGGCCAGUUCAGUGAGGUGUACCGGGCCAGGUACCUGAUGGACAACACUUCCAUGGCCCUUAAGAAGGUUCAGAUAUUCGACUUGAUGGAUGCCAAAGCUCGGCAAGAUUGCAUCAAAGAAAUAGAUCUCCUAAAGCAACUGAACCACCCCAACGUGAUCAAGUACCAUGCAUCAUUUAUUGAGGAGAACGAGCUGAACAUUGUGUUGGAGCUGGCUGAUGCUGGGGACCUCUCCCGGAUGAUCAAGCACUUUAAGAAGCAGCGGAGGUUGAUUCCAGAGAGGACCGUGUGGAAGUACUUUGUCCAGCUGUGCAGUGCGCUGGAACACAUGCACUCUCGACGGGUCAUGCACAGAGAUAUCAAGCCAGCUAAUGUGUUCAUAACUGCCACAGGAGUGGUGAAGCUGGGAGAUCUGGGACUGGGAAGAUUCUUCAGCUCCAAAACCACCGCUGCCCAUUCUCUAGUGGGCACCCCCUACUACAUGUCUCCAGAAAGAAUACAUGAAAACGGAUACAACUUCAAAUCUGACAUCUGGUCGCUAGGCUGCCUGCUCUACGAGAUGGCAGCUCUCCAGAGCCCGUUCUACGGUGAUAAGAUGAACCUGUACUCUCUUUGUAAGAAGAUAGAGCAGUGUGACUACCCUCCACUUCCAUCCGACCACUACUCUGAAGAGCUGAGAAAGGUGGUAGAUAUGUGUAUUAACCCCGACCCAGAGAAGAGGGCUGACAUCAUAUACGUGUAUGAUAUUGCCAAACACAUGCAACGCCAGACGCAGCUGGGCAGCUAAGUCUUCACCGGAGACACACUACGACCUGCACUCCUCCUCUCUCCUCUCUUCCCUCACCUCCACAGAAGGACAGGCAGACAUCGAUGUUGUCUUUCACACAAUCAUGUAUUCAUAAGUUCAGUUGUUCCGAGGUCUCUGUAUUGUUAAGGUUGUUUUUGUUUAGGAGAAGGGAGUGCUGUCUUUAUUUCACAGAUAUGUCCUGUAUCUAUUCCCAUUGAGCUUAAAGAUGGCUGCAGCUAAGAAUGUUCUGAUGGUGCCCCCUGCCCUGCUUUGCCCUGCCCUGCCCUGCCCUGCCCUGCCCUGCCCUGCCCUGCCCUGCCCUGCCCUGCCCUGCCCUGCCCUGCCCUGCCCUGCCCUGCUUGGCCCU